CCCUCAGUUGCACCUGCUCUCUCCAUACAGCAGUCGGAGCGCUGGGAGGGGCAUUAUUUAGCAGCGAGCUGUAGGAGGAGGAGGCAUUUCCGUAACACCGACACAAGCGUGUAGCCUCAUUCAGCUUCAGCACCACAUCAUUGAGGAAAGCGUCCAGAUUGAGGAAUUUCCACUAUUCCGAGUGGAAUAUUUCAAGAAGAGGACUAUUUUAGUGGGAAUACCGGCGUUUCACUGAGUUCACAGCCGUACAAGAAGAGUGAUCUCCUGCAGAGUGCGAUACCAUGACAGCUGCCACAUCCCCCAUUCUGUUAAAAUGGGACCCAAAGAGUUUGGAAAUACGCACCCUGACGGUGGAGCGGCUGCUGGAGCCCCUGGUCACGCAGGUGACUACGUUGGUGAACACGAGCAACAAAGGGCCAUCCAGUAAGAAGAAGGGUCGCUCUAAGAAGGCCCAUGUGCUGGCUGUGUCUGUCGAGCAAGCCACUCAGAACUUUCUGGAGAAGGGGGAGCAGAUCGCCAAAGACAGCCAGGACCUGAAGGAGGAGCUCAUCGCCGCUGUGGAGGAUGUCCGAAAGCAAGGUGAGACCAUGCGGAUGGCUUCCUCUGAGUUUGCUGAUGACCCGUGCUCCUCUGUCAAACGAGGGACGAUGGUGCGAGCUGCCCGGGCCCUGCUGUCUGCUGUCACCCGUCUCCUCAUCCUCGCCGACAUGGCCGAUGUCAUGAGACUCCUCACGCAUCUCAAAAUUGUGGAGGAGGCUUUAGAGGGAGUAAAGAAUGCCACCAACGAACAGGAUCUGGCUAACCGCUUCAAGGAGUUUGGAAAAGAGAUGGUGAAGCUUAAUUAUGUAGCAGCCAGGAGACAGCAGGAGCUCAAAGAUCCCCAGUGUCGAGAUGAGAUGGCCGCUGCUCGUGGGGCCCUGAAGAAGAAUGCCACCAUGUUGUACACAGCCUCACAGGCCUUUCUGCGCCACCCGGAUGUGGCUGCCACCCGCGCCAACCGGGACUACGUGUUCAAGCAGGUGCAGGAGGCCAUAGGGGGCAUCUCCAGUGCAGCCCAGGCCAACUCUCCCACUGAGGAGAAGCAUGGACACGCCGGCAUCGGGGAGCUAGCAGCUGCUCUCAAUGAGUUUGAUAACAAGAUCAUUCUGGACCCUCUGACAUUCAGCGAGGCACGUUUCCGCCCGUCUCUGGAGGAGCGCCUGGAGAGCAUCAUCAGCGGAGCGGCGCUGAUGGCCGACUCCUCCUGCACCCGCGACGACCGCCGAGAACGCAUCGUGGCUGAGUGCAACGCCGUGCGGCAGGCCCUCCAAGACCUGUUGAGUGAAUACAUGAACAAUACUGGCAGGAAAGAAAAGGGUGAUCCUCUGAAUUCAGCUAUUGACAAGAUGACAAAAAAGACCAGGGACCUGCGUAGACAGUUGAGGAAGGCGGUGAUGGACCACAUCUCGGACUCGUUCCUGGAGACCAACGUGCCUCUCCUGGUGCUCAUCGAGGCGGCGAAGAGUGGAAACGAGAAGGAGGUCAAGGAGUACGCCCAGGUGUUCCGCGAACAUGCCAACAAGCUGGUGGAGGUGGCUAACUUGGCUUGUUCCAUCUCUAACAAUGAAGAAGGUGUGAAGCUCGUCCGCAUGGCUGCCACCCAGAUCGACAGCCUAUGUCCACAGGUGAUCAACGCAGCGCUCACUCUGGCUGCGCGCCCACAAAGCAAGGUGGCCCAGGACAACAUGGACGUGUUCAAAGACCAGUGGGAGAAACAGGUGCGCAUCCUGACCGAGGCCGUGGACGACAUCACCUCUGUGGAUGACUUCCUUUCUGUGUCAGAGAACCACAUUCUGGAGGACGUCAACAAGUGUGUGAUAGCUCUUCAGGAAGGGGACGUGGACACUCUGGACAGGACCGCCGGAGCCAUCCGCGGACGGGCCGCUCGAGUGGUCCACAUCAUCAAUGCUGAGAUGGAGAACUACGAGCCUGGGGUGUACACCGAGAGGGUGCUGGAAUCUAUCAAGCUCCUGUCCGAAACAGUCAUGCCUCGUUUCGCUGAGCAGGUGGAGGUGGCGAUAGAGGCCCUGAGUACGAACCCUCCGCAGGCCUUUGAGGAAAAUGAGUUCAUUGAUGCCUCGCGAUUGGUCUACGACGGCGUCCGUGACAUCCGGAAAGCUGUGCUCAUGAUCAGGACACCAGAGGAGCUGGAAGACGACUCGGACUUUGAGCAGGAGGACUACGAUACUCGCAGCAGGACCAGCAUCCAGACUGAAGAUGACCAGCUUAUUGCCGGACAGAGUGCAAGGGCGAUCAUGGCUCAGCUGCCUCAGGAGGAGAAGGCCAAGAUCGCAGAGCAGGUGGAGAGCUUCCGACAGGAGAAGUGCAAACUGGAUGCCGAGGUGGCCAAGUGGGACGACAACGGCAAUGACAUCAUCGUGCUGGCCAAACAGAUGUGCAUGAUCAUGAUGGAGAUGACCGACUUCACCAGAGGGAAAGGACCCCUGAAGAACUCCUCAGAUGUGAUCAACGCCGCUAAGAAGAUUGCAGAGGCCGGUUCCAGGAUGGACAAAUUGGCUCGAGCUGUUGCAGAUCAGUGUCCGGACUCGGCCUGUAAGCAGGACCUGCUGGCCUACCUGCAGAGGAUCGCCCUGUACUGUCACCAGCUCAACAUCUGCAGCAAAGUGAAAGCCGAGGUGCAGAAUCUGGGCGGAGAGCUCAUUGUGUCCGGGCUCGACAGCGCCACCUCCCUGAUCCAAGCCGCCAAGAACCUCAUGAACGCCGUGGUGCUGACGGUCAAGGCGUCCUACGUGGCCUCCACCAAAUACCAGAAGGUCUACGGCACGGCGGCGGUCAACUCCCCCGUGGUCUCCUGGCGCAUGAAAGCCCCGGAGAAGAAACCCCUGGUGAAGAGGGAGAAACCCGAAGAAUGCCAAACCCGCGUCCGGAGGGGCUCUCAAAAGAAACACAUCUCCCCGGUCCAGGCGCUCAGUGAAUUCAAGGCCAUGGACUCCUUCUAAAAAAAUAAUAAUAAUAAUGGUGAUGAUAACGUGAAAAUUUCCCAACAUGGUGGUGUGUUGGAUUCUUUUUACAUUGUGUUAAUCCACCUCUGUUUGCUUGGCCGGAGACGCCUCGAUCUGGACUACUACUGCCACUCAACAGAGGAGGCCAGCGCGUACAUACACGACACAAAACACUAUUUAUCUUAUUGCUUAAUAUGUGCGAGCGAAAUGUCACACAGUACGUCUGAAAAAGAACAAAAAAAGUAAAAGAAAACAUAUCAAAAAGGAGGCGUGGGGAGUGACAUCCUAAAUAUGUUUGUGGCAGUUACUUUUAGCUCUGAUUACUGUGCUACUGACUGGUUGCUUGUAUACACAUUUAAAGUGAAUGGACUGGACUGGUGCAGUAGUUGCUUUAAUGGGAGACAGUGAUGGUGUACGCUCCCGUUUUUGACUUUUCAUUUGAAUUUGAAUGUUAACCCGUAGUACUAGGAAUAACUUAUCUUACCUGAAAGUGUUGGACAUAGUACCCUUUCCCCCAUGAUUAUAAUGAAUAAUAAAUGAUCCACAUGGUGUUUUUUAUAUGAAGCACACGUAUGGUCAAAUGUAUUGUCAAUUUUUACAAACCCAGUUCCAGAAAUUGUGGCGAGAACAAGACUGUGGUGAGUAGAAAACCGCAUAGAAAUUGUUGUUUUGAUUACGAGUGAUUGCGAGACACGCGCUAAAGUCUUAUUAAGUUUCAUCAAAAAGCAGCUUUCAUUUUAAUUCAAAACGGAGUGUUUUUGUCACAUUCAAACAUCCUUUACUUAUAAUAGCAACAGAAAACAAAGAAUUAAAACUUGUAAAAUAUUUCAUCUGAUCGUUUGCAAACCUUUUCUUGUUAUUUUUUGCACUUUUGUUUACACCAUCUCUGUUUUUGGAACUGGACUUGUAAUUAGAAUUAUUUAAUGGUUCCAUCACUAACUUUGAUGACUGAAAGAUGUGUAGCAUAUAGAUCAGACUGAGAGAUAUUUGACUAAUUGUGGUUUUGCUCGGAGUAUAGACCUCUUGCAUACAGUUCCUUUUCUUCACCCUACUCUAAUAAAACCUCAACUUGA